CAACAAUUGAUCAAAAAGGCUGGGAAAAUCAUAAUUUUAAAUUAAAAGCAAAAAAUCAAAGAAACAAAGAAUUGUUCGGCGAAAGUGUUCGCAAAAUACGCAUAAAUUGCUCAAAAUAUGAUAUAAGUGCGCUGCAAAUGAUACAUAGAUACAUUGAGGAAGACGGCUGUGAAAACAACGACGACAGCGUCUGCGUCCCUUUCCACAGAGCCACUUUCGCAAGAUCCAGCAAGAUGAGCUUACGCACGCGUGCCCUUGUGUUCUCAACAUUCUUUGGCAGUUGUCUGGCCAUAGGAUUACUUUUGGCCAGCAUGACAACCAAUCAUUGGGUGCGCGCCUAUCCGCGGCGCGGCAAUUCGACGGAAGCCAAGGGUGAUGUCAACCUUGGCCUGUUCUAUGGGCAGCAUCACUUGAAUCCCGGCUUUGGUGUGCGCACCACUCAGAUUGAGGUUUAUAACUUCAUUCGCACCGAACACGGCGACACCAGCUUCUGGCUAUGGCUGCUCACCACACUUGGCACUGGAUUCGGGCUGUUGGCAUGCGCCAUAGCAGCCAUAGCCGCCGUGUUUAAGUCAGCGUCAGCAGCCAAAAAAGGCGGCACCAUGGUGCUCCUACUGGCGUCCAACGUGUCGGCGGCUUGUGCGCAGGUGAUUGCAUUUUUGGCCUGGCUAGUGCAGUUCUAUCAGUAUCUCACACACAAUGUGCUCUUGGCGGAGCACCAGCAACAGCAUUGGUACAGCAACGGUCUGGCCCAUCUGGGCUACAGCUUCUAUCUGGUUGUUAUUUCGUCAAUUGUGGUCUUGUUGAACAUAACAAUUCUGCUGUAUGCCAGACGCCGUGAGAAUCGCGAUCGUCAUCGCUCGGAGCCGCCAAGCAAAGACAAGAAUCAGGCGGCCAUAAUGCUGUACUAGGCAGAAGGCGGCCGGAAGUAUAAUCCUAAUGUAACCUCAAAUGGAAAUGUUCGAUCAAGCGUUGCAGUAACGAGCACCACAUAAUCUCAGCGGCUCAAUUGUUUGUGCCUUACUUAAAGAUGCCCUCUGCAUGCCACAUUAUAAAUAUCGAAUAUAUAUAUAUAUAUUAUUUUCUUAUCUUUCUCGUAGUCCGUAAGUCAACAUACAUAUGUACAUAUGUUUAAGGCCUGCUCAAGUCUGAUAAGCAUUUGAAUUGCACAACAAAACUUGAAACAAAACGCACGAUACAACUUUUACACGUACUAUUUAUACAAGUAUUUCAUGGCAUUUUAUACUCGAAUGUAUUCUUUAUACUCGUUUUAUAUAUACCCUUUUUCUGCUGCUUCUGAGCAGCGUAAUUGUGUUUUAUGUGCAUACAAA